AUGAGAUAUUUUCUUGGAACUGAAGUAAUACAAAGUGAUAAAGGAAUUUUCAUUUGUCAAAGUAAAUAUGCAAAGGAUGUAUUGAAGAGAUUUACGAUGAUAAAUUGCAGUCCAGCAUCUACACCUGUAGCAACAGGAACAAAACUCAGUAGAGAAGAGAAAGGGUUUAAUUUUGAUACAACUAUAUUGAGAAAACUUGUUGGAAGUUUGAUGUAUCUCACUGCAACUAGGUCAGAUAUUAUGUAUGGAGUUAGUUUAAAAACUAGAUUCAUGGACUCACCUAAGAAUUCACAUUGGCACACUGGAAAAAGAAUAUUGACGUACAUUGCAGGAACUAUGGAUUAUAGAAUAUUGUAUUCCACAACGGAUGAUUUUAAGAUGAAUGGAUAUACAAAUAGUGUCUUUGCAGGGAAUAUAGAUGAUCAAAAAAGCACAUCUGGAUAUGAAUUUCACUUUGGAAUAGGAAUCGUGGCAUGGGCAUCAAAGAAACAAUCUAUUGUAACAAUUUCAUCCGCCGAAGCUGAAUAUGUAGCAAAAACAUCAGCAACAUGUCAAGCAGUGUGGAUGCGAAAAGUUUUGAAGGAUUUAAUGCAUAAUCAAAAGGAACCAACAACAAUCUAUUGUGACAAUAAGUCAAAUUCUUCUAUUGCAUUAUCGAAGAAUCGUGUCUUCCGUAAAAGGAGCAAACAUAUUGAUACUAGAUAUCACUUUAUUUGA